GCGGCGAGCGUGGCAGGUGUGGCUGAGCUCGGCGUUCGUUGUUCGUCGUGCUGCGGGCGCCUUCCGAUCACGAGUCGUGGCGUCGGUGUUUCAGUGAGCGGUCGACCUGUGUGUGCGUUGCCAAAACACUCACAACGAUCGCGGAAAGCAUGCGUUGGACGAGCGGCAGUCUCGUGAGGUGACAGCCUGCACGGCAUCGGAGACGCGCAGUGCAACGAGGCGGCUGUAUUAUAAUGACCACGCGUGCUGGACGGCGACCACCACAAUGAACGGAUUCUCCAUCCGGAUUUUCGGCGCAGCCCUGACUCUGGUCCUCCUGUGGGACCUGGCGUGCGGGGCAUCGCAGGUCUUCCUGAAUGGAUCCACGCGCCUCCUGUCUAAUGACUCGCAGCCCGUACUGAGCACGGUCACCAGCCUGACCUUCCGAACGUGCAGCAAUGGAACGAUACUGCGGCAGAGCUUCGGCAACGACUCCAUCUCACUGGCCAUCCACCCGAACGGCCCGCUUGAGCUCAGCUGGUUCGUCAACGGGGUCAAAGAUUCGGUCAUGGUGGGUGCCAAUAUGAUGGACAAUCAGCUGCACUGGGUAUCCAUACGCUCUAUGUAUGGCCUUGUUUGGCUGCACGUUGGCGAACAUCAGCCGGUGCUCGUGGCCAGUGACGCCAUUAGGCCCUACCUCCUUUCUGUGGCAUCGGCAGCAGCAGUGUCAACGGUGUUGGCCCCAUCAGGGUUUCGGGGCUGCCUAUCCGGUGGUGCCAACCUCUUUUUGGAGAGUGCACAUGCUGUUGGAAGCCCUGCGUGGGGCAUUUGCCCUUUGCCAGAUGGGCGUCAAUGCAAAGACCACGUGAUGGACCCCUGCUUUGACCACCACUGCCAACAUGGUGGCUUGUGUGUACUGCAACAGGGAGUGCCCAAGUGUAACUGCACAGCUAGAUACAGUGGCGAGCAUUGUGAAAAAGAUGAGGGACCUUUAUGUGACCGAGACCCAUGGAGAAAGAAGCCAUGCGUCAACGGUGGCGUCUGCGUGGAGGACUGGCGGGGUAAUAGUACUCGUUGCCUGUGCCGUGGACCAUGGACUGGCAGCGCGUGCCAAGAGCCUGCACCCAACGCCCAGUGCGAUCAACCAUCCAAAGCGUGCAGGAAUGGGGGCAGCUGUGUGACUGGCAGUGUCCAGAGUCGCACCUUCUGUCAGUGUCCGCCAGGGUAUGCUGGCAUCUAUUGUGAGCAGCAUGUUGGAGAGUGCCAACUGGGCUUGUGCCACCACGGUGGUGUCUGCACUGAAGGCUCUGUUGGGCCACUCUGCAACUGCCAAAACACAGGUUUUCGUGGUCCAUUGUGCGACGAGGACGUCAAUGAAUGUGCUGAGGAGAGUGACAGUGUGUGCUUGAAUGGUGGUAGCUGUUUCAACCAACCCGGAAGCUUUGAGUGUGUCUGCCCGCCGGGAUUUGGGGGACCCCACUGCGAGCAGGCUGUGGGCCCCUGCAAAGACGGCUCUCCCUGCAUGCAUAACAGCACUUGCCAGGAGGUUGAUGGGGGCCUUAGCGGCAACUUCAACUUCACCUGCCUAUGCAGUGGCGUACGCUCGGGGCGCCACUGUGAGGUCCCACGGGCAUCUUGCACACACUGGAGCUGCACCCACGACACGCAGUGCAGAGCACAGCUUUGGUGCGGCUGUUUGCCUGGGUAUCGAGAGGAUCCUACCUCUGGCCAGUGCGUGCGGCUGUUUAACUGCUCAUCGCCUGCGAACCCGUGUUUGCACGGCGGCACAUGCUACGACUCCAUCCAGGCUGCACCUCAUCUUACUGGAGGACAGUCAUCCUACCAGUGCUUCUGUGCUGAUGGCUUCCGGGGAAAUAACUGCGAGCUCGCCCUCACCAGUGACCCUUGCGAUAUCAACCCCUGUCAGAAUGGAGCCACCUGUCGCUCGGACCAGUGGGGGGCUGUGUGCCUCUGUCUGCCUGGGUACUCGGGGGAUCUCUGCGAGCUGAAAGAUGACCUGUGUGUGAGCAGCCCAUGCCUCAAUGGAGGAACCUGCCUUGGCCUGGUGAAUGACUUCGUUUGCAAGUGUGAAAGUGGCUGGACAGGAAAGCAUUGCGAACGACAGCAUGAUCCCUGCCGUGGAGCUAAUCCGUGUCUGCAUGGCACCUGCCACACACUGUUGGGAGGCCGCUUCCACUGCCAGUGUCUGCCGGGAUACUCGGGGGAGCUCUGUGAGAGGAGGAACGUUUGCACGGCCGACUGUAUCAAUGGAACCUUGUUCUGCCAUGAACCGAGUUGGCAGUGUAACUGCCAGCAUGGCGGAGAGACAUGUGGAAGGAAUGCAGUUGUGUCGGCUGCUCCCAGUCCCUGCAGUUCACGGCCGUGUGCAAACAAUGCCACCUGCCGCCUCAGUGAACUGGAGCCCCUGGGCUACGUCUGCGCCUGCCCUCUGGGGCUGGUGGGCAAUCACUGUGAACACGAUGUGGACGAGUGUGUGGGUCAUAAGUGUCCCAAUGGAAUGCAGUGCAUAGACAAGUUGCGGGGAUAUGAGUGCAGGUGCUCGGACUCUCGGGGCGUAUGUGGAAGCUUAGCUCAAGGCUGUCAAACAAAUCCGUGCGUGACUGCCGGCUCAGUGUGCCAAGAAACGGAUGAAUUGGGCAGCUUCCACUGUGAGUGCCCGCGUGGAUACCAGGGCUCGCGAUGCUCAGAAGACGUGGAUGAGUGUGCAGCACACAUCUGUGAACAUGACGGCCUCUGCCGCAACAAGCCAGGAAAGUUUGAGUGCUUCUGUCGGCCAGGAUACACGGGAACUCGCUGCCACAUUGAGGUAAAUGAGUGCCUCUCACAGCCAUGUUUCAAUGGAGCGACCUGUGUAGAUGGGGUAAACGAGUACAAGUGCAUCUGCCCUGGUGGCUAUCUGGGCGACCACUGCGAGAUAGACUUCAACGAGUGUGCCUCCAGUCCCUGCAUGCACGGUGCUACGUGCCUGGACCAGGUCAACGGAUUUCGUUGCAACUGCCCUGCGGGUUACGAGGGUACUCGCUGUGAAAUUGAUAUUGACGAGUGUCAAUCGGGACCAUGCCUGAAUGGAGCAGGCUGCCUGGAUCUUGUCAACGGGUACGAGUGCAACUGCACUGAUACAGGCUUUGAAGGGGAACACUGUGAGAGGAACAUCGACGACUGCUACCCGGGUGCCUGCCACCACGGCGGAACGUGCGAGGAUCGUGUGCGAGGUUUCCAGUGCCACUGCCACGAGGCCUAUGAGGGCAGUUCCUGUGAAAUUGACAUACCGGACUGCGACCCUCCGAGGCCAUCGACGCCACCCUGCGAGAACGGGGCUGCCUGUCUAGAGCGCUCUAAUGCAAGUCUCUACCACGAAAACUAUCUGGGGCUCUUCCAGAGCUUCAGCUAUGCCACGGCUGCCGGAUACGUGUGUCUCUGCCCACCGGGGUUCAAUGGGACAAGAUGCGAAAACAACAUAGAUGACUGUCCGGGUCACAACUGCAGUGUUUAUGGCCACUGUGUCGACCUGGUGAAUGCGUAUCGCUGUGAGUGCCAGGCCGGAUAUGAAGGCAUCGACUGUGGAACUGAGGUAAAUGAAUGUGAGGCAUACCAACCGUGCCGCAAUGGGGCCACUUGUCGUGACAAGGUUGCUGACUAUGAAUGCACGUGUGCUGAUGGAUAUGGCGACAAGAAUUGCUCAACACUUCUGCUUGGCUGCCGCAAAGCACCGUGUCUCAAUGAUGCCCGCUGUGAGCCACUAUUGACUGAUGAUGGGCAGCAUUCGUACCGCUGCCAUUGCCUGCCAGGAUUUGCUGGAAACACCUGCCAGACAGUUACAACUGCCUCACUUAACAAUGGAUCUACUUGGGACCUUAACGUUAGUGUUGACCAGCAGCGUGAAGGGUUUCUGGACCACCACAAGUUGAGGAUGCAGUUCCGAACUACCCUUCCAGCUGGCCUGUUAGCACGUGUGACUGUGGACAAAAGUCGCGUGCUGUUGGUUACUCUGUCUGAAGGCCGUGUACUUGUGAAAUCCGCAGAUGACACGGUGUCUCUCACUGUUGGUGAAGGACUGAACAAUGCUGAAUGGAAUGAAUUGAAUCUGGAAAUGUCAUUGGGAUCAAUAUUUGUCUUCCUGACCGAAGGUGGCAAUGCAACAGCUCUGUGGCUCGGCUAUGAUCCGGUCACACCACUAGUUUCAGUUGUUCUUGGAAGUGGACAGAAACAGAACAGAAGCGGCUUCAUUGGAUGCUUAAGAGAAGUGUGGCUCGAUGGAGUGCUGCAGUUGCCACGAGACCAGGGUGGGCUCGCUGAAGGUUGUCCACGUGAGGAGCAGUGUGUCAUAGACACAUGCAGUGGCCAGGGCACCUGUGUAGAUCUGUGGAACCAGCAUGAGUGCCACUGCCGUCGACCCUACUAUGGCGAGCGAUGCAACAACAGCUACCCAGCAGCCACCUUUGGUCAUCACAGCAGUCUGAGCUUCACCAGACUGCGAGUCAAGCCUGAACACUGGGGAAGUCUUGGCCUGGGAGUUGAGGCCACACUGUUUGUGCGCACCCGAAGCCCGUCUGGCCUGCUCUUCUACAUUGGUGCAGACCCUUCAGUUGUGCAUCCUUCAUCAGGAGACGAGAGUUUCUUGGCUGCCCGACUGCACGAUGGGCAGCUUCAAGUGCUUCUUUUGAGCAGUUCUAGCGGUGGUGCUGGUGCCACUUACGUGCCUAAGGUUCUGCAUCCAUCCAAGUUGCGACUAGACGAUGGCAAGCUUCACUUCAUUCAGGUGUGGUUCAAUGAAUCGUGGCUUGGAGCAGCAGUGGAUGGUCAGGAGAGCUUGGAACCCCCAAUGAGUGGUGGCAGUGGUUAUGCCAUUGCCCCCCAUAUCAUCUACCUUGGAUGGCUGCAGCCUCAGAGUCAGCCACCCCUCAGGCGUCGGCGGCAGGUUGGAAGCUCUUCGUGGCUUGCAGAGCUCACUGAUUCUGUUGGCAACGUUGACGCAUUCAAGGGAGUGCUGCAAGACUUUAGGCUCAAUGACCGGCCCAUCCAGCUGCUCAAGGCGGAAGAUCUGGAUGAAGUUGAUAGCAAUAACUCUUUGGCUGUGCCAGUGCUGAGUCUCAACGUGCAAAGCGGAGUAGUGGGUGAUGACGUCUGCAACAACAGUCAGGACCCGCCCUGCCGCAAUAACGGAACAUGCAAGGACAUCUGGAAUGCCUACGAGUGUGUUUGCCUACCUUCUUAUCGUGGUAACCGCUGUGAGGAGGUCAAACCAUGUGUUCUUAAUGGGUGCCCAGAAGAAAGCACUUGCCAAGAUUUGGAUCAAGGAUUCGAGUGUAUGUCUUCAGCCACAUUCGAUGCCGACCGCAAAGUGGCCUUUCGCUAUCGGGCAUUUCUAUCAAGUGAGCCCAGGUUGGACAGCGUGUCCAUGCGGUUCCGCACAAGGUCACCGAACGGCAACCUCUUAUGGCUGGCCUCUGGCUCAGGCAGCAGCCCUUUCUUUUCUCUAUCGUUAGUUGACAGUCAAGUGGAAGCUCGCUGGCAGUUCAACAGUGCAGAACAAAUACUGCGCUUUGGAACCAAUGUCACGCAGGGAGAGUGGCAGGAGUUGCGUGUGAACAUCAGCAACACCACUGUAAAUGCCACUCUUGUUCCGGGUGAAGCACAGACACUCCUCAGGACAGAUAACGGAUUUAUAAGCUUGUCAGACCUUUUAGAAAACAUUGUUCUCGCUGGUGACACCACUGAAGUCUCCUCUCGAGGACAAGGCGUGGUUCCAUUUGAGGGCUGCCUCGAGGAAGUGCGCCUUGGCAGUGUCCUCUUGCCAUUCUUCACAUCAGACCGUCUUGGAACCAACGGCACCACCACCUGGGACCGAUUUGAGCUUCUUGGUGUGGACGAGCCGAUGGCAGGCUGCAUUCUCUGUCGAUCCGAUCAGUGCACCCACGGUGGAUCUUGCCAGGACUCGCGAGGCUCAUAUGCCUGUGUCUGCCCACCAGCCUAUGAGGGUGAACGAUGUGAACUCGAUGUGGAUGAGUGUGUGACGAACCCUUGCCACCAAGGAGCACCAUGCAUCAAUCUGGAUGGAGGUUUCCGGUGUGACUGCCCUGCUGGCUACACCGGCGAGCUAUGUGAGGAGCGCAUCUGGUACUGCAGCUUUCGCCCAUGCCAGAAUGGGGCCACCUGCUCGGACCCUGAACCGGGCCACUUCAGGUGCCAGUGCACAGACGACUUCGAAGGCCAGAACUGCACUGAUAGAAAAAUCAUUACAUGUGACCAAGCUCCCUGUCAGAACAGUGGAAGAUGCUACCCUCAGGAGCCUAUCGGAAAGAUUGCUUACCGAUGUGAGUGCGAGCAUGGCUUCGAGGGAACCAACUGCGAGCGUGCCCGUGACUUCUGUGAGAGUGCACCGUGCUUGCAUGGUGCCACCUGUGAAAACGAAAGAGGCGGUUAUCGAUGCAUCUGCAUUGACGGCUACAGGGGUGAUAACUGCGGUGAAAUAAUAGACUACUGUUUUGAUCCUUCACCUGACACCCCGUGCCUCUAUGGGGGACGUUGUGUGCCGCACGUGGGUGGCUUCAUCUGUGACUGUGAAGGCACUGGCUAUCAGGGUGCUCGUUGUGAGACAAACGUGAACGAGUGUGCACUGGAGGUGACCCCUUGUGAGCACGGUAGCACCUGCGUUGACAAUCCGGGCUCUUAUGAGUGUCUGUGCACCAGUGGACGCUUUGGCCCGCACUGUGAAUACAAUGACACUUGCCAGCUCGAGGAGCCGUGCCGCAAUGAGGCCCCCUGCACACCACUUGCCGAGGGGCGCUUCUUCUGCAAUUGCACACCAGGCUACCACGGGCUCACCUGCGCGCUUCUGGUGAGCAGCGCUUCACUGGACAGCACAGACCUGAAGCUGGUUAUUGGCCUCACAGUGGCAUGUGUGUUCCUGCUUGCAUUUAUUGUUGGGGCCACGGUGUUUCUGCGCAUGGCUAAGAAGAAGCGUGCAACCCGGGGCACUUAUAGCCCAAGUAACCAGGAGAUGUUUGGUGCACGAGUGGAGAUGAAUCCCGUGAUGAAGCCUCCACCCGAGGAAAGGCUGAUAUGAGUGAGAUGGACUGACAGACAUACAGUGGUUUUGUUCCUGCCCACCACUGGUGGUGCGGCAGUGGUGGCAGUGGUGCUGCUGUGUCCUUACUCUAGCUUCACUUCUCCUUUUGAAUGGCUCGUCUACUUCGAGAGAUAGGUUAUAUUCGUUCAGCAAAGACUACGUAAUAUUCUUUUAGAGGAGGUGUGACACUUUACUCAUUCUGUGUGUCUUUGUGCUGGAAAGGCAUUGUUGAAUCUUUCAACAGCUACACACCUCUGGCAACAAAGUUCCAGCUUUGACUUCUUUCACUGAACUCCAGCUCGUGUGCCAUGGUGUGAAGGAUUCUGUUCAUUUGAAAGCCAAUAUUCUCCUUCCUCUAGCCGGGGUGUUUCUCGUCCUUGUCUACUUUUUUAGCUCCGAGUCUUUUCUACUAUCGUGGUUCUUUACCACCCUUUUCCCAUCAGAUCUAUACAGAUGGAAUUUCACUCUUUUUCUUUUCUUUUCCUCGUGAUUCCUUAGCUGUCCUCACAAAUGGACCUUUCCUUCUGUGAAUCAGCACGCUAUUUUCUUUACCCUUCGGUUUCCUUCAAGCGAGACGUAUUUUUUUUAAAUAUAAGGAGACUGUAUUGCUUAUGCAAACUCUGCUGUGUGACUGCGUUACUCACUGUGAGUUACUCCAUGAUCCCGGCGGUGACCUUGCUCCAAGUUUCACAGUUUUUCGUUCAUUUGUCUCACCACCUACUUUGAACAACUUUAUGUCAAUUCUUACUGGUAGCAUUCCUCGUUGGGUUUGUGAGCAGAACAAGCUUUGUUGCAUCAUUGUCCCAAAUGGUCAACUCAUCGCCACGAGGUCUUUAACAACAAACUUGUCUGGCCCGACACCAAGUUAUGAAAACAAAGAAAAUGACUGGGAUCUUCAUCUUUAGGGUUGCUUCAAUGCUGACAUCACCACUGCCAUCAUGGUUGUCUCGUCGCCAUGGCAGCGGCAUUGUGAUCCCAUCAGCACCGCAUUGCCUUUUCAAGCUGUGCCAGAAGCUGCAGGAGAGCAGCUAUGACUACCACCAGCACCAUGGGACCAAGUGUGCUUGUGCUUCAGUUUUAUUUCAAGAGCUUCUCGUGACACUGCUGUGCCGUGGGAUGUGCAUAUUAACAGACCUAAUGUGUGAAACGGUCUUUGCUCUUUGACUGUGGAGGGUUCCUGGGGUGCACGGCAGCUCGCACUCAAGAUGAGUUGGCAGUGUGCAGAAAACUGUGACAAAAUGUUUUGAGCUCUGCGGCGUGCGGUCUCAAAUGUGAGUUCCUACAGUGCUAUGAUCAGUGAGUGCAUUGCCUUAGGAGUGAAAGGCACAGACAUCGCUGUCAACGCCAGGACUCCAGAGUGGAACAAAGUGGAACAUACAGAGCUGAAUGUUGCAGUAACAUUGGCUGCCAGGUUUUUGUGUUAAAAACUAGCCAUGCUUGUUUGUGUCGCACUUGUUGGAAUCUGCCUUUUUUACACAUUGUCAUUGACCACAAGAAUAACAUUUCAGCCAAUGAAAUGCCUCCGUGAAGACAUGUUGAUCUACGGUCUCUUUUUAGAGUUGCUGUUAAGAAAGCACUGUUACCUGAUACGGAGAUGUAUGGGUGAAUUUUUCAGAUUUAUAUUUCUGUUCACUGCUUGUAUAUUACUUGGAAAUAGGGUCUGAUAUCACUGAUGCGCUGUCCCUCAUUCCGUCCAGCACACUCACUGUGCAACUCUUGCCAAAGCAUCUAUAUCAUGUUGGCUUUCUGUAGAUACUAAAUAAAUGCUAUGAUAGCAAAUAUAUUGUGUACAAAGCAAACAUUGUAUAGAAGGCGCAACAUUUGCUUGCCUUCAGAGACCACCAUGGCUGUUAGCAAGGCAGAAUAAAGGAGAAAACAGAAAUGGCACAAGACAGUGAAGGUGAUCAAGAAUACUAGCUUCACGUAAGGCAGGACAGAGAACUAGGCAAAACAGUGCAUUAGUUGCUUUGUCUGGCUCUGUCCUAUGAGUGAUUUUAACUCUUGACAAUGCUGCACCAGCUUGUCCGCACUUUAACAGUGAGAAAGUAUGUGCAAAAGUUUGCCUAAUCCGAGGGAGAAGCUUGUAAUAUUUAUGAAGUUCCUGCAGCUGCCAGGGAAGAAAGUUUUUCAUUUGGAGUAACAACACAUUUUGGUUUAUGUCGUGGGAGUUUUAGCUCAGACAGGCUGUGGUGAGUGCAAAGACUAAACUCGCAAGAGUGCUAAGGCCUGCAGUUCGAUUCAUAGCGCAAAUGAGCUACAGUUUUACUUUGGUGUUAUGUUAUGAGGGGAUGUUAGAAUAUUCUAUAUUAAGUUUAUUAAAGUUAACAUGUCUCUAAGUUUUUUUCAGCCUAGUAUAGUUGUUAAAGGAUUGGAAGCACAAAAAGUGCGUUUGGCAAAUCUUAUCUUUUCAGAGCAAUAUUGGUGUGGUUUGUCACAUAGGCAGUAAUAGUGCACAUCUAUGAAAUCUGCUACUUCAUUAAGAAGGCCACAAUUUGUGCUACGAGGUGGACCGAUUGGAGGUUAUGGGUUACGGCAAAUGUUUCGUAGGCACUGCAAAGCCAUAAAUGAACACAUGAACCUUAUGGAGAAUCGUUUUGCCUCUAGAUGGAGUGGCAUGCUUCUUGUAGCGCCUUCUGGAGGUCUUGUCUUUUACUGUCAAGAGUGCAGUGCCAACUAGUGGCAACACUCCUUCAAUCAGGUCCUACAGUUUCUGUUUAACUUGUGGAUGAUGGUUUGAAUGCUAUACAAGUUCAAAAAAUAGUUAUUUUCUCCUUAUUUUGAAAGUAUCGCAUUUACUCGCGUAAUGAA